UCUUGUCAAAAUAGACGGAGGCGUUCUACCCCGGUUUUGACUUAUAAUAUAAUUGGGCUGGGUCUGCUAAUAUUCUUUUCCAAGAUGUCAUUUAGUAAAUCCUUUCUAGUAGGUAUUGGAACAGGUUUGUUGUUUGGAUCAGGAGUAACGAUUUUGUGUAUUCGCUUACAAAGAGUUGCAAGAGAGAUGGACAGCUUGUCCAAUGCCAUUGCAGAACUGGCAACACAGAUGUCUGUGCUUGCCGAACAUUUAUCGACACUCAGAGGAUUUAAGCAAAGAAAAAAACGCAACGAAUUUUAUUCAGCAAGUAGUGGAGAUGAAGAUGAGAUUUUUGAGGAUGCAAAUUUGUCGUUUAUUUCAAGUGACUCAGACAUAUCAAAAGGAUCAAAGAACAGAUCAACUGAAGAUAAGAUCUUGGAUACACAUGUUUUAUUCAACAAAGUAGAAAAGCUGUUUGAAGGUGAUGAAAAGAAUCAAGAAGAAGCUUUCCGUCUUCUGUCUCGAAGUGCACCACAGCAUUCUGCAGAUUGUGGAUUUCACUGGAGGAUGUCAAAAGCAUGUUAUCUGGUCUCAAAGAUUGAGAAAUCACGAGAUAACCCAGCCAAGGCAAAAGAUUUCUUGCAGCAAUCUGUGGAUCAUGCAUCAUCAAGUCUGAAAUUGGAUGAAAAGUGUUCCAGUGCUCAUAGAUGGUAUGCAAUAAGUUUAGGAAGUUACGGUGAACACCUUGGUAGCCAAGAGAAAAUUAAGAAUGGAUUUUUAAUCAAGGAUCAUAUUCAGAGAUCCAUUGACCUGAAACCGAAUGAUCCAUUCAAUCACCACAUGAUGGGGAGGUGGGCUUACAGUGUAUACAUGCUGUCUUGGAUGGAAAGAAAACUGGCAGCAACAUUAAUAGCUGCCCCACCAGAAGCCAAAAUAGAAGAUGCCUUAGAAUCAUUUCUUAUUGCUGAUAGAUUAAGACCCACCAUUUGGAAGGAAAAUUUGCUGUAUAUUGCUAAGUGUAACAUAGAGCUGAAAAGACUGGAUGAAGUUGCCAAGUGGUUAGAAGCUGCUGAUGCUGUUCCAGUGCAGACCAAGGACGAAGAGGAAGCCCAGAAGGAGAUAGACCAACUUCUGCCUAAAUACCAGACAUCAUGAGAAGAUUUCUUGAUUUAAUUUUCUUGUAGUCUGUAGUCUUUUUCUAUUCAUGUUUAUUGCUUAUGAACUAAUAAUGACUCUUAAAUAGAAAUCCAUAUUUGUAAUUAUGUGGUAUUUUUAAUACUGGACCAGUUUUAAUGAAAUUUGCCUGUGUGUAUUACUGUUUACUAAUAUGUCUAAUCUUGCCUAUUGCAAUGUUGUCCGUUUGAAAACACCAUUGGAAUUAAUAUUAGCAUCCACUUCCCACUUUAAGAAUAUACAGUUAAAUCUGUAUUAUGCAGUCAGGGUUUCUGCCAGAGGGUAAAAUGGGUAUACCCAAAUGUUUUUGCAGAAUUUAUUUUUUUAAGUUAAUCUUUUGAUAAAAUUAAUGACUCUUAUCAUUACUGUAUAAUUUUUUAAACCCUAACCCAUUUUCUUUCUGGGGAAGGUCCCCUAUACUGCUAUUGCAUUUAUUACACACAUUGUAUAUAUUCAAUUCCAUAGCGCCAUACCCAAAAUUCCCAGGGUUCACCCUGUCCAUUUCCAAAUUAUCCAGUUGCUAAUUUUUAUACAUUUAGGCUUUGGCUAAUAAAAAUAUUCCUGAAAUUGUUAUAUUGUUAUAUGUUAAAUUUAUAAACAUUUUAAUUAUGUUCAAGGAAUUUCUCUACAUAUUUUAAACUUGGCUAAACCAAAAUUUGUUUCACUCCAGUGUGAGCCCUGCACCCAUAGGAAAUUAUUACUCAAAUGGUGGAAAUUUUAGUAUAUUUCAGUAGCGUAAAAGAAUUGGUAUAUUUUGUGUGAUUUUCAUAUACCUGUAGCUGUAUAUAUAAUAGUCAGAUUGUAGAGAAUAAAGGUACAUUACUUAAUGUAAGUACCUACUUUGUUAGACAUUUUAAGAUUUGUUGGCAAGUUUUGGGCUAAGAUGUUUUCUUUUAUUACUGAUUAAUGGAGCCUUGUGAUAAUUCUACUAAAAAUACACUAACAAAAAAGAAAGACUUAUACCCAAGAUUUAUAAACAAAUUCUAAUCUUUGUUUAACUUUUAAAACCAUGGACAUUUAUUUGCCCAUUUACAUACAUACCAUAAGUUGUUCUGAAAGGUCAUGUAUAUAAAUGUACAAUCUGCUCCUUGCCUUGUCAUGGACUCUAGGGUUAGCACUCGGGUUUAGGAAAUCAGCUCUUUGUUUUAUUCUUUUCAGUCUAAAAAAAAGUGGCCAUAUUUAUAGGUGCUUCAGACACAUCUCUCUGACAUUGACAUAGUUCAUCAAUCAAAACAGGACUUAAUUGGUUUUUGUUAUGCUUGUCACACUCCUACGGAUUAAUGCUGACUCAUCAGUUGUGUCGGCAUUAAUCGGUAGGUGUAUGCAGGGUAAAGAUGACGUCUAAUCUUCAGUUUUGCCCUGAUUAAACUGUCACGUCUAUUGGUGUGUACAGGUACAUAUUUUCAGGCUACUGCUAAUACGAGAGACUGGUUGGCAUUAAUCGGUAUGUGUGCACCAAGUUUUAGUUGUGUUUGACAGAAUCAAGCUUCACAGAUAGUUCAACACAUUUUUGCAAAGACCGUCAUUUUGUGCAUUAACUUUAAUUAAUGAACAAAAAUAAGGUGUUUUGCACCAUGUCUUGAAACAUUUAUCUGUAAAAUUCUUUACUGAAUAUAUUCAUGUCAUUUUUAAACAUGUUGUUAAUUAUUUUCAUUGGAAUACUAUAAAUUCAUUACUGUAAACAGCAAACAGUUAUAGGAUACAUUCUUAGGAGACCCAUUAAAGCUAUGCAAUAAUUAAAAUAUAAGUGAUCAAGACAAAUGAUGAAAUUUCUUCAGAAAUACAGAAAAUCAGUUAUAAUUGGAGAAAAUUGCUUAUAAAACUGUAGACCUUGGUUGAUGCCUUUUGAUAUAGGGUUGUGUUUUGUUUUAUGAAUCUACUCAGAAUUAUUAUACGAAGAUCAAUAUUUUUACCCUUUAUACUCAGGGUAUUGCUAUUAUUAACGUCCAGACUUAUGCAACAGUAUUAAUUCCAAACUAAUAUGUAUUUGCAAUAAUGUUUGUAUGAUCCAGUAAAUAUUUAUAGUUAGUUAGUUUGUUACAUUAUAUAAAUGUUAUGUUGAUACAUGUAUACAUGUUGAAUUAUAGGUAACUUCAUGUGAUAUUAACCUAAUGCAGUUUAGUUAUUUAAAAUUUGUAUUGUUCAAACAAAAAUAGUGUUAUAUAGGAUUACUUAAGAUUGUUUAUAUGUUCUUUUGUACAAUGUGAAAAAUAUUUGCCCAUACCUUAUUACUAAGGAGUUUUUUUAUCUAUUCAUUCUACCCUUUGCAGCCCUCGAAAUUCAUGACAGCAUUUGAUAUAUAUUCCACUGACUAAAGCGCUUGCAACACUUCUGGCUUCUCUACAAUAUCACUUUCAUCAGUAGAGUGAGUUUCCAUAUAGGAGUGUAAUGACCGCCAUGACACUUGGGCCACAUUGUGAACACCUCAGAAAGGUGAUCACGCACAAAACCUAGGUAUCUUUUCUCUGAGGGUUAGUGAUAAACCUGUUAACAGUCCAGGUUUUUCCUAAAAUGUUGUACAAGUUUAAAGGCUUACCAAGCCUGACAUUGGUGUCUAGAUGCCGGUGGUCUCAGGCCCCCAUAUUAUAUACUAUUGCAAAAGCUACAGUGAAUUUAAUCUGCUGUGGCAUUUUCAUUGUAAAACUGUAGGGGUAAAGAUGUCACCACUCGGAACUCCUCAGCUGAAUUUAAAUAGCUUAAAACCAUAAUGGCUGAAAUUUUGAUUAUUCCAGAACACAAACAUACAAAAGUCAAAGCUCAUAAGAACCAUGGCCAUGUUGUACAAGCUCACUUCUAAGUGAAAAAUGCCUCCAUUUGUUCUGUUUAUUGGCAGUCGGUAACAGUAUCACAGCAUGGGAAUUUAGAAAAACUACCAACAGCAUGGAUUGCUGGAAGUUGGACUGCAUUUCUAUGUCAGAGUGAACAGUAACAACUAAAGAAGGUUAUUGUUUCUUGGUUUACAUGUGAUUUUGAUAUUGCCAAGAUAUAAUUUUAAGUAUUUUUUGUCAAUAAUUCCAGUUUGGCUCGACAUAAAAAGAAAAGGAAAUUUUGGAAAUAAGAAAAAUGUUCUAAUUAUUAUAUGCACAUUGUAAAAACAUUGGUCGAGAUAUAACUAAAACAACAAUACUAUGGUGAAGAGUAUUGGUUGCUUAUGGCAUUAUUGUUGUAUCCUACACAUAUAAAAACCCAGAUCUACAACAUUAAUAUUCAGUAAUAUACUAAGCGACAAAAGAAACGCGAGGUGCGACAUUAUCAUUAAAUAUGCCCAAUUUUAAAAAUAUUUCUCAGGUCAUAUUUUAUUACAGAAAAAAAAACCAUGUGAAUACGAAGGUGUCUGUGGAUGAACUUUAUUGUUUCAAUUAGCAAAUGGCUAGGAUUAAUUAAAAAUCGCUAAUGAAUGGGUCCGAAAAGUUAGUAACGGGUGUGGCCACUGUUGUUGUUGAUCACUGCGUCACAUCGUCAUUCCAUAGAUAGAAACCGGUUCCGUAUGAAGGCUCUAGGGAUUUUGUCAUAUUCAUAAAUGACGGCAUCACAAUGUCCCUGCAAUGUUGUUGGCAGCACAUGACGGUGGUGUAUCCUAUGUUCAGUUUCAUCCCAGAGAUGCUCAUUUGGGUUUAAAUCAGGACUCUAUGCAGGCCAAUCGAUGAUAUGGAUGUUAUUCUGUGCUAAGAAAUCUUGUGUGAGUUGCGCAGUGUGAGCCCUCGCGUUGUCUUGCUGGAAUAUCAACUGACGUUGACCCGCCAUGAAUGGGAUGACUACAGGCUGCAGAACUUCAUUGAUGUAACAUCUCACUGUAAUGCCUCUGCCCCGUUGUUUUGGAAGAUGACAGGAGGGUUGCGACAUCUCCAACUAAUGGCACCCCAUAACAUGACUGAUAGACCACCCCAGCAGUCAAGAUCCUUAACGCAAGCAUCUCUAAAUCGUUCACGUCGACAUCUCCAUAUACAGACUCUACCAUUGGCCACAUGGACACAAAACCUGCUUUCAUCUGAAAAGACCGAUCCGCCAAUUCCAGUGAGCCUGGACCCAAUUACGUCGAUGAAGUCUAGUUAAUACUGGACCAACGUAAGGACGUCGGUUAUGAAGAAGUGCAUUUCCCAAGCGACAUCGCACUGUAUGUUUGUUUACUGUUCUAUUGUGAAUCCCUAUGGUUUGCUGUGCCAUUGACGAUGCUUGCAAGAAGAAAUAAGAAGUGUUAUUUAACAACGCACUCAACACAUUUUAUUUACGGUUAUAUGGCGUCAGACAUAUGGUUAAGGACCACACAGAUUUUUUUAGAGGAAACCCGCUGUCGCCACAUAGGCUACUC